CUCCAUAGCGAUAGAACGGGUUUUCGAAAAUGAAAAUGUAUAUGGUGACAAAAUUACUUUGAACUUUGAAAAGGGAACCAUCUUCUCAUCAUCAAUUGUGUGAAGGAAAAUGAAUCUCAGGGCAGUAUAUGGUGACAUACAUCAUUUGAUAAUAAAUUUACUUUGAACUUUGAAAUUUGAACUCUGGAUCCAGGAGCACGAAACUGCUCAUCCUUUCCACUGCUGACCCCUCAAUGAGGAUUGAUGUGUGUUCCUUCGACGUCUGCUUCCCGAGGUUCUCAAACAAUUCCUUGAUAUCUGACGGCAGAGGGGAAGAAGCUGUUCGUAAAACACUGAGUGUGUGUCUUCAGGCUCCUGUAUCUCAUUCCUGACGGCAGCAAUGAGAAGAGAGCAUGUUCUGGGAUCCUAUGAUUUCUGGACAGCAGCUGAGCAAGCCCUUGCCGUCCCUCCGAGCGGAAAUGAAUGCAGAAUCGAGAGGUGAGGACAAGGCGGCCACUUCAGACAAUGAGUUAAAUGAGUCUCUGCUUGUGCCUGUGGAAUUAAACGACAGCGAGGACACUCCCAGCAAGCUCUUCGGGACCAGAGGAAACACGACACACUCGGAGCCCUGCACACCUGAGCAACACCAGCCUAGUCAUUCACAUCCUUCCUUCACAGUCGGGGCUCAGCCAUUGUUAACAGCACAGCAGUUGGCCUCUGCUGUGGCAGGAGUGAUACCAACCAGCAAUCCCACCCUCAAUCAGCCAAUCCUCAUACCGUUCAAUAUGGCGGGACAGCUCGGUAGCCAGCAGGGGCUCGUUCUCACGCUGCCAGCCGCCAAUUUAACCAACAUCCAGGGCCUGGUUGCCGCGGCUGCCGCUGGAGGUAUUAUGACAUUACCACUUCAAAACCUGCAAGCUACCUCAUCCUUGAAUUCUCAAAUACAGCAACUCCAACAUCUCCAGCAGCUACAGCAACAACAGGGGCAGCAGCAACAACAACCGAACCACCAGCUGCCUGGCCAGCAGGCAUCUCCCCCUCAGAAGCAAAGCCAGUCGCCGGGGCAAGGCCUCCACUCACCGCUGACUCCACCCAAUCCCCUCCAGCUGGCAACUCAAGCAGCAGCCAUGGGAUCCAUAGCCAGCUCUCAGGCCUUCAGCAACGCCCUGUCCAACCUGCAAGGGAUGGCCUCCCAACUCGUCACUAACGCACAAGGCCAGAUAAUUGGGACAAUCCCUUUAAUGUCGAACCCUACAGUGCCAUCCAAUCAAAAUGCAGGUGGGACUCAAGGCAUCCAAGUGCAACCAAUUACCCCUCAGCUUCUGACUAAUGCCCAAGGUCAGAUCAUUGCCACGGUGAUUGGAAAUCAGAUCCUGCCAGUAAUCAACACACAAGGAAUUACACUGUCACCCAUCAAGCCAGGCCAGCAGCCACCGCAGCCACAGCACCCGCAGGUAGGCCACGCAGUGUCGCAGGCUAACCUUCUGCACAUGGCACAUGGGCAGUCCUCCCUCGCACAAAGCCCGGUGCGUCAGGCCUGCUCUUCCUCCUCUUCGUCCUGUUCAUCUUCAGCUCUGAGUGUCGGACAGUUAGUCAGCAAUCCUCAGACAGCGGCCGGUGAAGUCGAUGGAGUGAACCUUGAAGAAAUUCGUGAGUUUGCAAAAGCAUUUAAAAUCCGACGUCUGUCUCUUGGUCUGACACAGACGCAGGUUGGACAGGCCUUAAGUGCCACUGAGGGACCAGCAUACAGCCAAUCUGCCAUCUGCAGACACACCAUCCUGAGAAGCCACUUUUUCCUACCACAGGAUGCCCAAGAGAGCUCUAUAGCUAGCAGUCUGACAGCCAAACUGAACCCUGGCCUUUUAUAUCCUGCCAGGUUCGAAAAGUUGGACAUCACCCCUAAAAGUGCCCAGAAGAUUAAGCCCGUUCUUGAACGGUGGAUGGCUGAAGCUGAAGCCCGCCACCGCGCAGGAAUGCAGAACCUAACUGAGUUUAUCGGCAGUGAGCCCUCCAAAAAACGCAAGCGACGAACGUCUUUCACCCCCCAGGCCUUGGAGAUCUUAAAUGCCCACUUUGAAAAGAACACGCACCCGUCCGGCCAAGAAAUGACAGAAAUCGCCGAGAAACUGAACUAUGACCGGGAGGUAGUUAGAGUUUGGUUCUGCAACAAAAGGCAAGCGCUGAAAAACACAAUUAAACGCUUAAAGCAACCUGAGCCCUCGACAGGCCUGGCCAUGGAGCCUCUCACGGAUUCUUUCGAAGAAACCUCAUAAAAGAACUAAAGCUCCACCAAUGGAUCACGAGGCAACGUCUUCGGAAGAGCCCUGGUACUUCUGCAAGAGGAAGAAUGCAGAGUGCUGUGUGGACACGUUUUCAGACUGUCUGUUGAGUUUACUAUUGAGAAAAGCAACACAUUAUUGUGCGGUAGAAUUAGUUUUAAUGAAAAGAAACAUCCAGUCUUUUAGCAGGCUGAUACUGAACCAAAUAGACAUUUCUUGUACUGUAAAAUAUGUGAAAAUAUUUGACUGAGAAAGAAACACCUUCCAUGAGUUACAGAGAGCUCUGUAUUUCACAGAGGAAAGACGUAUGAAGUUGUGCCUGUUACUCACUUACAGGUGCCAAGUGCUGCAUUAAUACUAAUCUGUUAACCAAAGUCCGAUAAACAAAAAUAGCACCAGAAUCAAGUUACUAGCCUACUGGUUUUGAACGUAUGUUGUGUUUAAAUUUUUACAUUUGUGAUUACAGAAACUGGAUGAAUUACUUUUCUUCCCCCCACCCCCUCUCACAGAUUGUGUCUGUUUGUCACGUCGUGGUAACACAACUAUGGAAACCAUUACAACGUUGUCACUUCGUCUUUCUUACAUGCUACUGUAAGACCAGAAAUGUUUGUGUGCCAACAAUUUCUAAGUAAUAGGCAGCUGCCAGUGUUUCUGUGUGAUGAGUUUUAAAUUGCACUCUAUUUUAGUAGUGUGUUACAAAAGGGGGAUUAUAGACACCGCCAGCAAUGUAAUGUUCGGUUCCCUUUAAUUACAAAGUGGUCACAAACAUGAAGAAGUUCUAUUUAACGUUCUUGUGCCACAACAUCAAUUGUCUGUGUAAUUGCAACAUCGAUGUAAAAUGUGUGUGCAAAGCAAUUUUUCCCAAAGUCUGUUAGCCAAAGAAUUUCAAUGCUAUUGUGGUUAAGAGAGAAUUGAUAAAGGUUAAACGAGAGAUUAGGAUUGGGUCAUGACCACACCAUGGAUUGUUUCAUUGUUAAUCUUAAUUAUUCCAAAUACAUAUUGGAACAAUGCAUAAAUUAAGGCAUGAAACUACAGUAAUCAUAUUUCAUUUACAGUUCUUGUUUUAGAUUGCCAAAUAUUUAUCAGUUCCCCAAAUCCCUGCAACACUGGGAGCAGAGAUCUGCCAGAUGUUCUCUUCAAUUACAGGUGUGCUGUCUCUUUUGUUGGUCAAUAAAGGUAUUGCUGAAAAUAGUCAAUUAAUCUAACUAAAGCUCUAAAAAUGGGGAGAGAGUGCAGUUCAGUAUUCGUUAUUGAAAGUAAUUUGCAGAUGAUAAUUUGGCCCAGAAGGAAUUAGAAAUAUAUUGUAGAUCUGAAAACACAAAGUCUUGUCCUCAUCAGAACUCAGCAGAAGAUUAUUUUUCUUUGGAAACGAUGGUUUUUCAGUUCUAUUCUCUUUUUUCACACUCAGAUCAGGUGCAUUAAGCACCCAGUGAAAAGUAAUAUUUCACAAUCAGAGUCACAGCACAGAAACAGGCUCUUCGACCCAUCUAAUCUAUCAGGUUGAGUGAGACUAUAGAACUAGCAGUCUUAUCAGAUACUUGUUUUCAUAAUACUCAUUCUAUCAAUUUAAGAUCAAAUAAGGAGAUUAAAUAAAUGUGGUUAUUCCAAUCUGAGGAGAAUUCACCCCAAAUGUAUUCAAGAUUCAAAGUAUCAAAGUACAUUUAUUAUCAAAGAAUGUGUAAAUUAUACACCUUGAAAUUUGUCUGCUUACAGGCAGUCACAAAAACAAGAAACCCAAAGAAACCAUUUUUUUAAAAAAAGACCAAAAACCACUGCACAGAGAAAGAGAAAGAAAAAAAAUUGCACUCUAUUUUAGUAGUGUACUACAAAAGGGGAAUUGUUAAAUUAAGAUGGCUGAGCUUUGAGUGAUAAGACCCUAAGAUAUAGGGGCAGAAUCGAGCCAUACAGCCCAUCGACUCUGCUUCACCAUUCUAUGAUGGUUGAAUUUAAUAUCAAAAAAUAUACACAGUAUGCAACCUGAAAUUCUUACUCUUCACAGACAUCCACGAAACAGGAAAAACAACAAAGAAUGAACAGCAGAAAACAUUAGAAACCCCUCCCCUCCCCCUCCCGCACACAAGCAGCAGCAAAAGCAUUAACUUCGCCCCCCCCCACCACCACCCUGCAUGCAAGCAACAGCAAAGCCCUCAGACACCAUGAUCUAGACUUUCCAUUGCACUUACUCCAACAGGUCACCGUUCAUCUGCACGACCAAACAGUGAAUAAAGCUGAGCGAUAACAAAGCACCGCCAAGCUCACGACAAACAUUGCAUACAGUUAUUGUGGGGGCACUAAAGAAUGUCAGGACUGUUGCAUAUGCUCCCUGAAGCCAACUCAAACCAUUGCACCUGGUUUGAAAGGAGAUAUCCUCUGGCAAAUGAAGAAUGGAGGACAAAAACAUGGAGAUUACAUGGAUUAAGAAAACAAUUCUAGCCAGACUGCUGCCCUGAGGAUCUUUAUAAUCCUAAACUCUUCAAGAUCUCAGCUCAAAACACACCAGAAAGAGACACCAUUCCUAACAAGCUACAGCCACACCACUUAACGUGUUAUUACAGAACUGUUCUAUUGGGCAAUCUCAUCAUGACGACCUUUGCUUUGCUAAAUUAGACCGUAAUAUCAUCGUAGCAGAAUUAAUUCAAGUCUGCUCCACCUUUCUAUUAUGGCCAAUUUAUUAUCCACCUCAAUCCCAUUCUCCUGCCUUCUCCCCGUAACCUUUCACACCCUUACAAAUCAAGAACCUACCAGCUGUUGUUAUAUAUUCAAUGGCUUGUCCUUCACAGUUGUCUGUGGCAAUGAAUUCCACAGAUUCACUGCCCUCUGACUAAAGAAAUUCCUCCUCAUCUCUGUUCUAAAGCCACGUCCUUGUAUUCUGAGGCUGUGCCCUGUGAUCCUAGACUCACCCAAUUUAUAGGAAACAUCCUCGCCAUGACAACUCACUCUUAUAGAUUGUGCACCUGCAAGUAAUUCCUUGAAUAGACUGAAUCAAUUAAGUUAUAACCAAAAUAUUUUAUGUGAAGUAGCACUCCAGUCCAGAUAUUAUAAUCAUUUUUAAAAUUGUAACCAAUAUUAACAAGAAAAUAUUGAUAAAGAGUCUCAGCCCGAAACAUCAACUGUUUGUUAAUUGCCAUAGAAAUUAAUAUGUCUCUCCUUUCUCGGACAAUAUUUACCCUAAAGGAAACUACGCUGAGUUUGGCCUAUUUUAUCAUGUGCCUCCAAGUAAUCCAAAACUUCAUCCUUAAUAAUGGACCCCAACAUCUUCCCAACCACUGAAGUCAGGUUAACUGGCCUAUAGUUUCAUUUCUUCUGCCUUCCAGAGUGGAGUGACAUUUGUAAUUUUGCUGUCCUCAGGAACCAUCCUAGAAAUUAGCGAUUCUUGAAAGAUCAUUACUAAUUACUUUAAGGGGACCAUGAGGGGGAAUGUCUUCACUCGGAGGGUCGUGAGAGUGUGGGGUGAGCUGCCAGUGCGAGUGGUAGAUGCAGGGUCAAUUUCAACACUUAAGAGAAAUUUGGAUAGGUACGUGGAUGGGAGGGCUAUGGUCCAGGCUCAGGUGGAUGAGACUAGGUGGGCCGAGGGGCCAGUUUCGGUGCUGUAGUGUCCUAUGACUCUGUGUCUCUAGCUGCUGAGUUCCUCCAGCAUUUUGUGUGUUUUGCUCUGGAUUUUUGUGUAUUUUGCAGAACGUUUUGUGCUUACUAGAACAUUGUUGGCCAUCAACAGAGACAUUGCAAUAGGACAGUUGAUGUUAUUACAUUGUGUCUUACAUUGGUGUCAUAUCCCUUAUCCCGUUCUCUAGCCUGGUUUCGCAUCCCCCUUCAAUGUCUUUGCCUAACCGUAGAGAGUGUGAAAGUUUGAAUACUUGAAAAGGUUUUAACACAUCCACUCAUUGCCACCACAUUAGCAGAUAUAAAAUAUACAGAAUGGAACUGAGAAAGAUAAGUAGAGGCUUAAUGUAACUCAAGCUGUAACCAAAUAUAGAAUCAAAAUGCCUUUGCUCAUCUUAUCAAUGCUGGACCAAAGCUCUAAGUAUUUGAGUAUAGGUAUAUGCACAUGGUAUAGAUGUGGCUCGAUAUUACAGACAAUCUCACAAUAUUAAACUGUUACUUUUUAAAUCUCUUUAUAAAUACUUUACCUCAACACUCUCCUUCGAUUGCCCUAAAUUACAACACUCGAAACCACUAAUUUCCUUGUUAGACUUUAACGAAUUGAGUGAAAUCUGUUUGGGUUGAAGUUUGCAUUGUUUCCGCUGAAUGUGAACUGUCAUGUGUUUUUGCUGAUUUAUAAAUUACGAAAGCUCUAUUUGUAGCACAGUGUCCAUGAAUUCAUUUGCAAAUGAGCGUUUUUUGCUAAAAAAAAGCUAUGAAAUUGUUGCCAGGGUUACUCAAUUGCUGCAGAGAGUGAAGGUGUGAAACGCACCACUGUUGAACUGACAGUAAGGAGAUUAUCUUUUUGGGACUUUUAAUGCAAAGGAGGAUAAACACCGGAGGCAGAGACAAAACUCGCCAGAUGAAGAUCAAUCCUUACUGUUCAGACAUCUAAACCAAAGCUGACUUACCUGCACAGGUUGCUUCCCUUUUUUAGACUGAAGAUACUGUACUUUAUCCACAGCAAUAUCUGUAUGGUCAGUUAAGCUGCACUUUGUGUGUUCCUACACAGCUUCAGAUCUGUCACUUUUACUUUGUACCAUAGAAA